AUUGCAUCUCGCUGUCUCCCCAAGUUGAACUGCCGUCUGUUCCGUUCAAGAUGGCUUCCUUGUCCAUGUCGCUCCAUGCCGUCAACCAUCGGUUGACCAACAUUCCGGUCAAACAGCUCCCCCCCAUCGCAUCAUGCCUGGCGACAUCCUUGAGCAAUUGCGGGGAGCUGCUCUCCUCCCCUCAGCAGCAAAAGUCGGCCAAGUCCGACUCGGAUGAUGCCGUGCAGGUGCACCGAUUGAUGACCCGAUUGACGAGCUUGCUGCAAGAUCGAACUCCGGAAGGCCGAUGGACUGCUGUGGUGCUCGUGAAAGCCGUGGUGGAGGCGGGUCAAUGGGAAGUUUUGCGAGGAUGCGAGCCGUUCGUUCGCGGUCUGAUGACCAUUUUGACGAAAGCCGAUCCUACUUCUACCAAGAAAAUGGCCAUCAUCACCUUGACCAGAAUUUUCCACCUGACCUACCAGUAUCCUACCCUCGUGCGCGAAAUCACUACACCCUCUCUACCAGGGUUCAUCACCUCGGCCCUGAACCUGAUCUCCGUCAAACCCUCCUCCGAACCGAUUAGAACGCUCAAGCCCAAUGCAGCGCCCUUCUUGGAAAUCGUUCUACAUGCGUUUGGAGAGCUGAUCGGCCGGCAUCCCACCAUCUUCCGUCCGUUCUCGGCGCAAAUCCACAGUCUCCUGCAGAUUAUCAUUGGAUCAACCUCACCUAGGUUCCCCGAGCCAGUGGUGGAGGUUGCCGAGCGAUUGUUUGUCUUGCUUCACAACUGUGCCCCCAAGAAUACGUCGGGAGAAGAAUGGAAGAAUGCAUGCCAGAUGACACUUGCUUCUCUCCAUGGGACUGCGCACUACGUUUUCCGAGCCGUGGUCGAACAAUGGGAAUCCACUGACCCAUCGUUGCGGAUGAAUGUGGGACCGCAAGAUUACAGUCAAGAGGCGCGCGAUCUGGGGCCAGACCCGUUGGGACUUCCGAGCUGGCAGGGAAUCGGGUCCGGCGUGGAUAGACUUGUUGUGCUGCUACGACUGUUGUCGGCUUUCCUGAAAACCCCAUCCGCCUCGACCGUAUCCAUUCCCAUCGGAUCUAUCCUGGAUUUGACUUCGCGACUGACUUCGGUGACGGUCUCAGCAGAUGGGGCCAAGCUCCAGACUAACGCUCAGAUUGGUCGCGCAGAAAGAGAAAGUCUAUUUGCGGAGCUCCCUCGCAUCCAUACUGCAUGCUUGAAGCUGCUUCUUACUUUUGUAGAGAAGCUGGAAACCGGUGCUGUUCCGGUAGGACAAACGAUUCUCGAACAGUCCCUUUGGGUCUUCCGCGCGGAAAAGUCCAGCCGGGAGGUUCGAACUGCUACAUAUGAUCUGGUUCGCGCCUUGUUUACGCAAAUGGGGCCAUCAUUGACGAAGCAAAGCGUCUCGUCUCUGACUAACCUAGUCCAAACAUGCUGCUACGACCUCUUACCCCCUCCUGGCGAUGAAAGCGCAUCGGCGAAACUCUCGACCGAUCCGAAGAGCAAAACCAAGUCGAACCAAGCGACGACAAAUGCCGAUUCUUUCUUGAAUCCUGGCCUAAAAUCGGGUCGUCAACUGAGUCCGUCGUCGUCAUUCCCUGAUCUCAAACGAGCUGCAUCGGCACUUAUUCCCGCUAUGCUCAUCAAUGUACCCACUGAAUUCCUGGCUCCAUCCUUGCGGGCUGAAAUCGAUCGGACGAUAAUCAUGACGUCCGAUAAGAACGCGAUGUUUGCCAGUGUUCUCAAUCCCGUCCCACCCAUGAAGGGCCGUGGAAUGGGUGCCAGCAUCAUUCCAUUCUUGGCUCGCGGCUAUGCCGCAGAAAUGGAGGUAGAGGGACUCAUCAGGCCUCGAAUGCCCGUGCUAACAAAUGCAUCCUCUGCUCUUGGCGGGUACGCUUACAUUGAGGAUGAGGAUGAGGAUGAAGAGGAUGGAACUGUUCCGGCAUCGGUGUCUCACGUAACACCUGCUAAUACUGGGUUUCUGAAACAAUCUGCCACUCCAGUCCUGCAGAAUGAUUUGAUGGACAUUCAAGAGUCGCAGCCCACCGUACCAUCUAUCAACAAGCGAAGCCACGGCGAAGAUCUAUCUCGAUCUCUUGCUACCCCAUCUAGCGCCGCCCAGACGGGACAAGCAAACGGACAGAGCAAGAGACCCCGGGUUGAAAAUGAAGUUGUCGCCGCUCCAAGCCAGCCUUCCGUGGACAGGGCAUCGCCUGACACAUUCACGGGCACCGCAGCUAUCCCUGUUCCUACUUCCUCGGCUACGUCUACUCAUGCGCCACCCGCGCAAACCACCAGCGUCAACACAUCGACUACAGCGACCGUUGGAGGUCCAUUGUCAGGUACGGCCGUAUCACGGCCCAUGGCUUCAUCGGCAAAGGCUGAGACCGCAGCGACAGAGGCGGGAGAUGACGAGAGCGACGAUGAGCUGCCAACGCUCAACAUGGAUCCGGAUACGGAUGACGAGGACGAGGAGGAUGUCACGAUGGGCGAGUCAUAAACUGUCUUUGCUGUAUGAUAAUGUAAUACCGAGCUCAAAUUGU